CGAACCGGCGAGGCGCUUGACUCGCUGGGGAGGAAGCCGUAGGAUUCUUCAGCGAAGCUGUCGCCGAGAGUUGGCGGCUGAUUUUCGGAGGUAGUAUGACGGGCGUUGCGAUGAAACUGAAAGCGAGGUAAUUUGCGGUUAAUUUCACAUGUCACCCGAAAGUGUGAUAGUUACCGUUCGUCUUAUUCGCUCUUUUGAGCAUCGUAAUUUCAGGCCCGUCUUGUACCGUGAUGUUAACCUGGACCAGACUGUAAAAGAAUUCAUUGCGUUUGUGAAGAAAGAUAUUAUCUUGAGGACAGAACUUUUGCCACCUUUCAGAAAACAUACAUAUGACACAAUGAAGAUUAUCCAUCAAGCACAUGGCUCUAAGACCAAUGAACUUGUUGUGAGUUUAGAGGAUGAUGACAAACUCAUUUUGCCAGAAGACAGCACCUUGAGAGCAGCUGGUGUAGCGAAUGAAACGGAGCUCGCAUUUUUCUGCAUGGACGAUUACAGAAAAUAUAAAACCCAUCCUGUUGCUACCUGGUGAUGACCAAGAAAA